CUCGUUACUGAAUAUGGAAAGCGUAUACAUCCUUCGUGUUGGCAUUUUGAUGUACAAGGCAACAUUGCCACUCCUGCGAACUAUACGCACACUUUCGCGACCUUGUUUGAUCAUUCUGAACGUGGCCCGCACUGAGUAACUAUUGAUAACUAGAUAAGCGGCCAGAUCUACUCAAUGGGGGACACAACAUAUACCCAAAGCUGGCAUCCUGCAGUGACAGCCUCACAUGCCGCCCGCACCGCGGAAGUAGAAGGCUCAUUCGUUUUGCCACAUCUGCAACCAUCUCAUAAUAUCCUUGACAUUGGAUGCGGCCCGGGGACCAUCACCUAUGGUUUUGCGCCUUACGUUCCCGACGGACGUGUCACUGGCAUCGAUCUCAAUCAAGAGAUACUUGACCAAGCCUACAGCAAUCUCUCCAAGCGAGCCCUGCCAUUAAGCAAUGUUGAAUUCAAGAUUGGGAAUGUCUUGGAGGGGUUGAAAUUCGACGAUGACAGUUUCGACGUUGUGUUUUGCAAUCAAGUUUUACUGCACACCCCCGAUCCUGUUAAGGCUCUCCGAGAGAUGAAGAGAGUGUGCAAGCCAGGUGGUUUCGUCGCCUGUCGGGAGUCCGACUUCCCCUUUCGCUGGUACCCUUAUCUGCCUGGGCUGCAGCUGUAUGACAGAUAUAUGUAUGAGCAAGUCAUUGGUGCACUCCCUUCUGUGGCCUCAAAAGAGCAUCCUCAAAACCCACCCCAUGCACCGGGUCACAGAGCAGGCAUUUUGAUCCAUGUCUGGGCACGUGAAGCUGGAUUCGAAGUACAGAAGAUGGUUAAAGGCGCUGGUGUAGAAUUGAAAGCCACAGAAGAUGAGAGAAAGAGGCACGCUGAGAAUUUGAUUGGACGGUUUGAAAGAGGAGAACACCGAGAGAAAUGGAAAAGAUUGGGCGCAAGUGACGAAGACAUCGAUACUGUAAUAAGAGACGUCAAAGCCUGGCGAGACGAUGUGGAUGGAUGGUAUGCGAUUUUGCAGGGUCAAGUCAUUUGUGGUGUCUGAUUUUGUUCCAUAAGUACGGAGUAGGGAGAG